AUGGCCCCUACCGCUGCCAACCCCAAGGACUGCCCCGAGUAUGAUCCGAAGAACAUGAUCUUCCGUCGGCUGGGGCCCUCGGGACUGCGCGUGUCGCUCUUCUCGCUCGGCGGCUGGCUCACGUACGGCGGCACGGUGAACAGCGACGAGACCAAGCAGAUCGUCAAGCUGGCGUUCGAGAACGGCAUCAACACCUUCGACACCGCCGAGGUGUACUCGGCGGGGCAGUGCGAGGUCGACAUGGGCAAGGCGGUGCGCGAGCUCAACCUGCGUCGCUCGGACCUCGUGCUCAUCACCAAGAUCUUCUUUGGCACGGGCAGCAAGGAUCCCAACGGCCGCGGACUGAGUCGCAAGCACAUUGUCGAGGCUGCCAAGGCGAGUCUCGAGCGUUCGGGUCUGGACUACUGGGAUGUGAUCAUGGCUCAUCGACCCGAUCCCACGGUGCCCAUGGAGGAGAUCGUGCGCGGAUUCAACAGGCUCAUCGAGAGCGACAAGUGCUUCUACUGGGGCACGUCCGAGUGGUCGGCGCAGCAGAUUGAAGAGGCCCAUGCGGUGGCGAACCGUCUGAACCUCAUCGCGCCCAUUGCGGACCAGUGCCAGUACAACAUGUUCCACCGCGAACGCCCAGAGAAGGAGUACGACCCGCUGUACCAGUCGCACAGCUACGGUACCACCAUCUGGUCGCCCCUCGCGUCGGGUCUGCUGACUGGCAAGUACAACGACGGCAUCCCGCAGGGCUCGCGCUUCGACACCAACAAGAGCUUCUUCGACAACACCGUCAAGGAACUCCAGACGCCCGAGGGCAAGGCCAAGAUCGAAAAGGUGCAGAAGCUCACCACCAUCGCCGAGGGUCUGGGUGCCAAGGUGACCAACCUCGCGCUGGCUUGGUGUGCCAAGAACCCCAACGUCUCGACGGUGAUUCUGGGCGCGUCCAAGCCCGAGCAGAUCAUCGAAAACCUCAAGUCGCUCGAGUUGCUCGACAAGCUUACGCCCGAGAUCAUGGCCCAGAUCGACGAGUUGCUCGCAAACAAGCCUGCCCUGCCGCCUCUGUACGGAAGGUAA